AGAUGACUCUAGAUAGUUGAUGCCACGAGCGACGCCCAGGGCAAGGAAACCCAACGAGAGAUCACAGGAGGAAAGGCCCAGCACGGAGGCCGCCCUCGGGCUCGCGAGGAGCGCGCAGACCGAGAGCAGAGCUCCUGGGAGCGCCGCAGCCCGGCACCAUGUGCGAGCUGUACAGCAAGCAGGACACCCUGGCACUGAGGAGCAGGCACAUCGGGCCCUCAUGCAAAGUUUUCUUUGCUGCGGAUCCCAUCAAAAUAGUGCGAGCCCAGCGGCAGUACAUGUUUGACGAGCAAGGUGCACAGUACUUGGACUGCAUCAACAAUGUUGCCCAUGUGGGACACUGUCACCCAGAAGUGGUCAAAGCUGCCCUGAAACAGAUGGAACUGCUCAAUACAAAUUCUCGAUUCCUGCAUGACAACAUUGUUGAGUAUGCCAAGCGCCUUUCAGCAACCCUGCCGGAGAAACUCUCUGUUUGCUAUUUUACAAAUUCAGGAUCUGAAGCCAAUGACUUAGCCUUACGCCUGGCUUGGCAGUUCAGAGGCCACCAAGACGUGAUCACUCUUGACCAUGCUUACCAUGGUCACCUGUCAUCUUUAAUUGAGAUCAGUCCAUAUAAAUUUCGAAAGGGCAAAGAUGUCAAGAAAGAAUUUGUGCAUGUGGCACCAAAUCCAGAUACUUACAGAGGAAAAUACAGAGAAGACCAUGCGGACCCAGCUGGUGCUUAUGCAGAUGAGGUGAAGAAAAUUAUUGAAGAAGCUCAUAGCAGUGGAAGGAAGAUUGCUGCCUUUAUUGCUGAAUCCAUGCAGAGUUGUGGCGGACAAAUAAUUCCUCCAGCAGGCUACUUCCAGAAAGUGGCAGAAUAUGUACACAGAGCUGGGGGUGUGUUUAUAGCUGAUGAAGUUCAGGUAGGCUUUGGCCGAGUUGGGAAACAUUUCUGGAGCUUCCAAAUGCACGGUGAGGACUUUGUUCCGGAUAUUGUCACAAUGGGAAAACCAAUGGGCAAUGGCCACCCAAUGGCGUGUGUGGUAACAACCCAAGAAAUAGCAGAAGCCUUCAGCAGCUCUGGGAUGGAGUAUUUCAAUACGUAUGGAGGAAAUCCAGUGUCUUCUGCUGUUGGUUUGGCUGUCCUGGAUGUAAUUGAAAAUGAAGACCUUCAAGGAAAUGCCACAAGAGUAGGGAAUUAUCUUACAGAGUUACUGAAUGAGCAGAAGAUGAAACAUACUUUGAUAGGAGAUAUCAGGGGUGUUGGCCUUUUUAUCGGCAUUGACUUGGUGAAGGACCAUCGGAAGAGAACCCCCGCCACAGCCGAAGCUCAACACGUCAUCUACCAGAUGAAAGAGAAAAGAGUACUUCUCAGUGCUGAUGGACCUCACAGAAAUGUGCUUAAAAUAAAACCACCUAUGUGCUUCACUGAAGAAGAUGCAAAGUUUAUGGUGGACCGACUUGAUGGGAUUCUAACAGUUUUAGAAGAAGUCAUUGGAGCUCAAAAUGAGAGUGUGAUUUCUGAGAAUACUCCAUGCAGAACAAAGGGCAAUACAUCAAUCAAGAUUGAGGCUUUGCAGGUGGGGAGGGACAAGGAGCAGACCCAGAAACACUCAUAAUGAUGUCGCUGAGCAGCAGCAGGAGCCAAAGCUCUGUGGCCAUAAGUCAGAGACCUCAGCUCUGUCUCUCAGGUGGUGACACCUCGACAAGUCUGGUAAGAAAUUAACUUUCAACCAAUUACCUUCCCUUCUCAUCAAGUUUAUUGUCACCUCCACACACUCCCUCACACACAAGAGCAGGAGUGCACACACACACAUGCAUUUCUAACCAGACAUUGACAAAGGGGAAUGAGGAAACUUACAACCUCAAAAAUCUCUUCCUUACAUGCAGGUGCCACUUGGAGGCUAGUAUAUGAACUGGAAGAAAUUUGAAUUUCAGUACUGACUUCUGGUUAUCUUCAUUGCCUUCCCAGCAGCUAUUAAACUUUUUGUUUUGGUUUUUGUUCAUAAAGAAAAGAAAACAAUUUGGCUAUGUCUAUGUCAUGAUAAUUGAGAGGGAUGUUGGGAGGGGAGUUAAUUGUAAAAAGCUUCCUUUCUGAGUUGGUCAUAAAUUAAAAUGCUAUAAAAAGGCAAGACCUCAUUAUUAAAAUCUUUUUGCUCCUAAAAGUA